AUGUCCGAAUUGACAGGAGCUAUGGUUUACUGUGUCUAUCUCACCUCAAUAGGUGCCAUCUCGGCACCAGUAUGUCGACCGAAAGCGGAAAAACGGCCUUCGGUAGUCACUCCGGGUUACGCGGAAGGGCGAGGGCCGAUGGUAUCUGCGAAAGGUUCCAGGCCGGAGCUCUCGUCCCGCCUAAACUCGUAUCAAUACCCUCCCUCGUCGUUCCCGUCCUGUGUUACGACGUCUAAGGAACACGCCGAGCCGAAGCUGAAGUCGCGUGUGCGUCCUACAUCGCUACAGUUACUGUCGGUAAAGCAAGCCCAACAAUCGAACCGCUUACGGAAGGACUCCGACAGGGAAGUGAAGACCCGCAGGAAGUUAUCAGACGGAGAGUAUGUCCCUGAGGCUGGGGUUGGAAUGGCAGCUCACUCGCGAACGCAAAGCAUGGGUUUCGGAAUAUGUGGCAAUUCAGUCCCGAACACAGAAGGCAGUGUAUGCGCUAGCGUACGCCGCGCAUCUGUGGACGUGGUUCCUGCACACUCAGGGCCUGCAUACGGUCGUGUUUAUACGACCUCACCCGAAUCGUCACCCGGAAUCUCUCCUGGAGCAUUACCGUCAAUUCCAUCGUCACCCGUUUCACCAAUGCUAUCGCCUCUGCCAAGCCUACCAUUUCCGUCCCAGCGACUCUUUCGCUUACAAGGCGCGUUAACGGAUGUGGACCGCCAAGUACUCGCACGAGAAAAGAAACGAAUAUUAAAGGGCAAGGAAAAGGCGAGGAAAGCAGCCGGAGGCGACAAGGAGCGGGGUGAGGUUCAAUGUGAGGUUGAAGCUGCUGUUCGGGCGGUGUGUGGCGUAUUUACGGCAGAGGCUGGUAACUUCAAACCAUAUGAAGCAUUCUGUGCAGGGCACGUUGAAGCAAUGGAAACGACUCGUCGCGUUAUGCGGGCUCAUGCAAACGGCUGGUUAGAAUGGGAGAAGCGCUGUGCCGAAGAGGUAGUUCGGAGGGAUACCGACGGCACUGCUGGAUCCGACUUUGUUGCCGACUCGCCGGCGCCAUCGCCAUCGUCCCCAAAGGCAAUAACUCACUGUACCAGCCGCAAUAGCUUACUUUCGAGUAUGGUCCUUGAUGCUGAAGAUUCGCAUUCAUCGACGUCGACUCUGCGUCGUCGUCACUCUGCAUCUGAAUCAUCCGGGAGUCUGAGAGCGAGCGCAAGUACAACGCUUAAACAUACAAAAAGUGACCCGACGCCGCCUCCAGCAGGACAUAGCUACAGCCAAGUUCACGGACAGUCACAAUCCCGUGGCUCUGGUACCAUAUAUGACACACUUUCAGUGAGGCGCCUCUCUCGCGGAGCAGAGGGGCUGUACGGAGGAUCUGCACCUGCUGCCCAAAAUGAGAACGAGCGACAGCGUGCAAGGAGUGCGCGCACGAAGCUUUCUUUUGCAGAUUAUCUAAUCAAACCAGUGCAGCGCGUUUGCAAGUAUCCACUGCUGUUUGAACAACUCCGUGCAUCCGGGAAAGGGGAGGAAGUAGAAAGUAUGCCCACCCCCACGACGGCAUCCGCGAUUGAGACUAGUGCGUUGUUUGCUACCGUAACAACCUCUGUUUCAACUAGCCGUGACCCGGAUCCAUCAGUUGAACCUUCACAGAAGAGGACAUCAUUUAGGCUGGGCGGAGAUUCUGAUGAUGAUGACGAGGAGGGUAAUGACGUCGACCUGGAAGCAAAUGAAAGGGAUACUGAAGUUGCGGUUGCACGUGUUCUGCGGGAAAUGCGUGAAGUUGCACGUUCUGUCGACGAAGCAAAACGUCGGCGUGAUCUUGAGAAGAAAAGUGCACUCAUCGUGGACCGCCUUGUAUCAGGGACACCCGGAAACGGAAAUCAUAGUUCACAACCUUCGUCAAUUAUUGAUAGAGAUGCAUUGGAUGAUGACAAAGGUAGCGCUGAGGAUGGAAGGAUAGAGUCUCGCAGUGAACUCGGACACGGUACAGGAUCUUCCAUGGCGGGAGCGGAUGGUGCAUGGUCAUCGAAACCGCCAACGCGUUCAUUGUCGUUUUCGGCUUCGUUUGCUCGGACGCGUUCUCGAAGUGGGUUCGGCCGCACAAACUCCGCUUUCAUCAGUCACCUGCGCAAGCAAUCACAAGCAACAGAGUUCGGCGAGAAUGCAAAACACGCGCAGGUGCCUGGACCCCCCACGCGCGUAUUUUUAGCAUCCCUUGGCGCGUGCUUAUUAGCUGGCUCACUUGAUGUUGUUGUUACCAGCAUUGAAAGACCUUCAGUCAAGCCGGUGCGUCGGGAUGGCGGAAAGCGUGACUCAAUGCUCUCGUUGUCUGGAAUGACUGCCAUGGGCUCUAAUAAUGGAAUCGCGACAGCAUCUACGUACAUGCCGCUGGCGUCACGCGACCCGGUCAAAGUUAAGUAUCUCGCAGCAUUCCUAUACGUCGGCGGAUACAUCGUUCUCGCGAAAACGCCGAAGGCCGGCGUUUAUGAACCUCGCCAUUGGUUUGCAUUGACAGAUGAAACGAUUGAAAUCGUGGAUGUUCGCGAGGAGAAAGCGCUUCUUCCUUGCUCGUUCCAUCUUGUCUUUCAUGCGACUGGUCACCGGCUAGAGCUUGCUGCCGCAUGCCAACGUGAAAAGGAGAUCUGGCUAGGUGCAAUGCACCACGCACGCAGCCUCCCACCGAACUGGAUAUUUGAACCUGUGCCUACACUCAACGUUUCCGCAAAUCUCUUGAAUCCUCAAGCGACACGUAACAGCGUCGAAGCUCCCCCUGUUCCAUCCAUUCCGUCAAUGGGUGAAGACGCUCUUGCAAAUGAGACGAACCCCUCGCGCAUGCCAUCAAACUCAACGCUUAAAGCCGACAUAACUAUCAAGCCGAAUCGUAGACAGUCCGUCAACGGAUCAAGUGUUCGCGCGUUCUUCAUGAGCAGCUCUGAUAAUGGAUUAGCCCCUCCACCAGCUGUUCUGAUCCGUCGUGUCUCAGCGACACGGCGCGCACAGACCGAUCGUCAUCUCGCUGAUGUACUCUCUCAGCCUCUUUUGUCGGCAAGGUUCCAUGCGAAGGCACAUGAUGAGAUACUUUUCCGUGAUCCGGUUCCACCACAGCAAGGCACAGGUAUCGGAGUUGGUGCUAUGGCAAAGAAUAAGUUAAUGGCUCGCGAAAGCGUUCUUGUUUCAAAGCAAUGUGCACCGUCAAUCUGUUCAUCGCUUGCAUCUUCUGUGGAUCAGAGCUCUGUAAUUUCUGAUUCAGCUUCCAACGUAACGGUGCAGGGACAAACGCAACAAGCAACGCGCGGGAAGAACAUGAAAAAGAACACGAGCAGAGGUUCUCUGGGCAUGCUCCUCACACUUCCAAGUCAACUCCUUGAAGGAAACACAAAGGAUAGUGGAAUGUCGACGCCAUCUUCACAAGGGUGUUUUUCAUUUGACUCGCCACUUCCAAGCACGUCAACGGCUACCUCAAUAGAGCCUGUUUCGCGUUCCCAAUGUUCAUCUGUGUCACCGGGCAUACCAAUAGCAAGCCCCUCAAACGACGGUUUCCCACCGGAAGUACGAGUUGUAGGAGUUGACACGGAUCCUCAGGCCGAAGACGAAGUGUUGCCCGACGUGCUUGAUCAUAUGGAACGCCCGAAACGCUCGCGUUCCCUCGUGAAUAGCUUCCGCGUGUUCUUUGGCACUCCGCGUUCUCUUUCUUCUUCUCCCGCUCCUUCCACGUCUAGCUCGAGACAAACUUCGGUUGAAGGCUCACUCGAGGUGCCAGACGCCGAAAGCACGCCCCAACGGAACACUCGCAAAAUCAGAAAACCCUAGGCCGAUCCAUUAAAUAUCGCCUCUUCCCUGGAAGCUUCGUUCCCCUGACUCCCGUCGACGGACAACAUGAGUGUUCGUCAUAACGAAAAUUACGUCCUUCGGGACGAACUGCAUGGAUUGUAUCGGUCAUUUUGCAGCCGUUAAGGCCGCUUUGUAACAUUUUUCUCGAGCUUCUGCGCAAUGUGUAUUCAUUCAUCAAGCAUUUCUAUCCUUCACUCCAAGUAUCGUAAUUAGACAUUAAUCUCAAGCGAACACGCCCAGGCUUGAUUUGCACGAUUCCUUCUUUCCUCGUCUUCCUUUCACGAUAGUUCUCUUCUGCGAAGUUUCCAUCCAUCCCACUUUUCCCUUUCAUUUCUCUGGAGUCUGGCCUGUUUCUCUGCAACUGAGCCAUCCUUCGACAUGUACUAUAAUUGAUUUUUAUUACCGUCAUUACUGCGCACGUCACUGUAUUCUUCGCAUCACUCAUUAUCACUUUGUAUGUAUCUU